AUGAGACUUAUCGAUACCCAUCACCACUUUUUGCCCGACUUCUAUGCUCAAGCCCUCGAGGAAGCCGGGGGAGAUCCCUGCGGCUGGCCAACUCCUUCCUGGUCGGUCAAUGGCUCAGUUAACCUUUCGGAAAAUGUCGGUUCUACAAAGGUCAUAUUGUCGCUGACAGCCCCUGGAGCACUCAUCGCUCCCACCAGUGUGAAAAGACGGGCAUUGGCGCGCAAGGCCAACGAGUUUGCCGCUGCAAGGCGUGAUGAAGACCCCGAUAGAUGGGGCUUCUUUGCUGCGUUGCCGUGUCUUCUUGAUACUGAGGGAGCUCUAGCAGAAAUCCGAUACGCGCUCGAUAUUCUAAAGGCUGACGGAGUCACCCUGUUUACGAGAUACGGGUCGGGAAAUCAGUACCUCGGCCACCCAGCGUUCAAGCCUGUCUGGGAGGAGUUGAAUUCUAGAAAGGCCGUUGUCUUUGUGCACCCAACACAUGCCAGCGAUAUCACUCCGGUCAAUCGGUUUUUACCGUUGCCGGCCAUCGACUAUCCGCAUGAGACUACCAGGGCGGCAAUGGACAUGAUCACCACCAACACGAAGAGGACAUACUCAUCUUGCAAAGUCAUCCUCUCACACGCCGGAGGAUCUCUUCCAUACUUGAUCAGCCGAGUCAGCACAGUAUCCAAGGAAGCUCCCGCCACGGCGGGCAUGUUCGGGAAAAGCGCAGCGGAAAUCAAGGAGGACUUCCGGUCGUUCUACUUUGACCUGGCCCUUUCCAGCUCGGAGGCUGUGCUCAGGAUGGUUCUAGAUCUUGUACCCCAUGAUCAUAUUCUUUACGGAUCUGACUACCCUUACGCCCCCUCCAACGUCAUUGUUGGGUUCAAGCAGAUUCUGGACGAUGUUCCCUUGGACCAAGAUGUGCGAGAGAAAACAUACUAUAAAAACGCGGAAGCGCUUUUCGCAAGGCGGGAUUAA